AUGUCGCAAGCGGAGAUGCCUAGCUGGCAAUCAAUUUCCAAAUUUCUUAAUGUGGUUAUUGCCGUUUCGGAUGUGAGUAUUUUCGCAUUAAUUCUCUUCGAAGUCAACAAGAAAGAGUCUGUUUCAUUUAACUUCGACAAGUUCAUCCCAAAGCAACCAAACAUAAUCUUCCAAGGUGAUGCCAUUGCAACUUCCGAAGGGACGUUGCAACUCACCAAGGUAGAAGAUGAUGAGCCAGUGUCUGACUCAAUUGGGCGAGUCCUUCACAUUACCCCUGUUCAUAUAUGGGACCGUAAGACAAAAAAAGUGGCAAGCUUUUUCACUUGCUUCUCCUUUGUCAUUCGUGCCCCGGACGUGAACAAAACCGCUGAUGGCUUGGCAUUUUUCCUUGCUCCCGAAAAUGAUGAGCCCAAAGACAAGGCAGGGUAUCUUGGAAUUUUCAAAAAACCCCCUUCCAAGGAACAAAUCAAGGUUGUGGCGGUCGAAUUCGACACUUUCAGUAACAAGAAUCCUGAUAUUGCCGAUCCAAACAAUUGCCACAUUGGGCUCGAUUUCAAGGGCAUCAAGUCCAAAAGUACUGCGGAAUGGAUCCUCAAGAAUGGCGAAGAGGCCAUUGUUUACAUAAGCUACGAUACCUCAUCCACCCCAACUUUGGAUGCAACGUUGGUUUAUGCUUCGUCUCCAAAGAUCAAGUACCAACUAUCUGUGGGAGACGUCAACGAGUGGGUUAGAGUUGGUUUCUCUGCCACCACUGGACAAUCUGAUGACUUUGUGGAAACCCAUGAUGUGCGCUCCUGGUACUUCGCUUCUUCCUUUGAAGAUGAUGCCACUACUCUGGCUUGUGCUUUCAAGCACGUCAACCCGCGUCUUGGCUCUUUUCUGCCCCUCCAUUUCCGCAAGUAA